UACUGUCAGUGUUCUGUGGUCUGGUCCAAUUUCGUAAAUAAUAAAAUAAAUAAAUAAAAGGUUAUAUCUUCAAAACAUAAAUAUAUUUAAUUUAAUACAUUCAUACACCUAGCCUAUUAGGAAAUACUUCUUUCACUAAUCAAUAAAUUUUAAUAUUAUUAAGUUAUAAACUAUAAAAUUAUGCUGACCAGGCUAAGAUUUAGACAUGAAAUUAGGUUGGCAGUUCGAUGUUUGUCAGAUAAACCACCAGAAAACGACGGCAAAAUUCCAGAAGUUAAAAUAAAAUCCAAGGAGAAGAAUGAUGAUACAAGUACCGAUAAAAUCCAAUCCCUUUUAAAAAGUAUGAUGAUUGAACCUAAAUUAUCUCAAAAGGAGUAUGCUGAAAAAUUCACUCUUGCUCCAGAAAGGAAGAAGAGAGAACCAGGCGAGCUUGAAGUUAAAACUGAGAAAAUUGAAGCAAGUAUUACAAGAGCUGCUAGUGAUGUAGCUCAAGCCCUCGGAGGUGAUGUCAAGCAGACUGAAGCUGAGCUGCUGUCCAGAAUUCUUGGAAAAAUCAACCAGACAUCGACAAGUUUAAGUGAUUUAUUAGUUGGCAUGAAAGUGGAGAGAUCAAAGGAAGGAGAGGAAAUGAAAGAAACUCGAGGACAACAAGUGAAGAGACUUGUGAGGUCUGCUCCAAAAACACAGAAACCCAGGCAAUACCAGAGGAAACCAGAAAGAGAACCAGUAUCAAAGAGAAGUUUCUCAGAACCAAUUACUAUUAAUAUAUUUGGUGGACAGCCCCUUGGUAUAUUCAAGGCAGGUGAUACAAACUAUGGCACUACACUGGAAGUCUGGGAUCAACUCAGUCAGAGAGAGUUGACACUGGCUACUUCUCAGCCGCCAGCUAACUACUUCCAGAAGAUGAUUCAAUGGACAGAACAAGGAAAAGUGUGGAAGUUUCCCAUCAAUAAUGAACAAGGUAUGGAAGAAGAAGAAAACAUUCAUUUCUCAGAGCAUGUAUUCUUGGACUCGCAUCUAGAAGACUGGUGUCCAACCCGAGGGCCCAUCAGACAUUUCAUGGAGCUGGUCUGUGUGGGUCUUUCUAAAAAUGCGUUUUAUACGAUACAAGAGAAAAGAGAUCAUAUAAUGUGGUACAAGGAGUACUUUAUGUCGAAGAAGGAUUUGUUGAGUGAGGUCGGGGUGUGGGAUGUUAAACCUACCACUGUUAGUAAUUAGAUUAUUGUAAAGAGUUAUAGAUAAUAAAUAGUGAGUUGUAA